GUCUUGUGCGGUCGGUCGCAUUUUCAGUCGUCUCCACCGCGAACCGCUUGGAUCUGCUCCACAUUGCUUGGCCAAAGUGGAUCACGCCCUCGCCAUAUAGAUUCCACGCCCAUUUGGCAUAUAGAUUCCAGCAGGAUGGCGUUGCCCUCGUUCAAAUCGCUGCCAUGUGACGGACUCUAAGUCCCAUAGCCACAAUUGUGACCCAAUUCUAUGAGCAAAAGUGUGUGUGUGUGUGCGGGACUCUUGGCCAUUUAACGAUUAGUGGCCAUAACGGCAAAGUGUUUGUUUAUUUUGCUGUGCGACCGCAGAAACGAUUCCAAAAAUGAUUGCAUAAUUGACUUUUGGGGGGGACAAAUCGCGCGUGAGACGCUCAACAUACAUUUCGAGUUGUGUUCCUAUUCCGCUUGUGAUUCCAAUAUAAAUUCUGAGCCAUGAAGAAGCUGCACCUGGGCGCCAAGCACAAGGGCAAGUCCUACAAGCCCUUCAGGAACAAGAAUCGUCGGGGUUCUGCCGACUCGAACUACUCACAACCGUCAUCCGAUCUGUCGCUAGACGAGGAAAAGGAAUCGCUUCGGCGAGAAAAGGAACGUCAGGCCUUAAGCCAGUUGGAUAAAGCGAGGAGCAAACCAGUGGCGUUCGCUGUGCGAACCAACGUAGCAUACGAUGGCGCCAUCGACGACGAUUCGCCGGUGCAGGGCGGAGCAGUUUCGUUCGAGAUCCGGGAGUUCCUGCACAUCAAAGAGAAGUACGACAAUAACUGGUGGAUCGGCCGGCUGGUCAAGGAGGGCUGUGAUGUGGGCUUCAUACCCAGCCCCGCUAAGCUAGACAACAUUCGCAUGCAGAACCAAACCAGACCCUCAAGACUGUAUGGCACAAAGGGCUCGUCGAGCGGGAAUCUUGGUGCGGGCGGACAAGCAGGUGCGGAGCCAUCUCGAGAUUCCAUGGGACCAGGACGACACGGCAAGGCGCAGGCGGCGGCGGCCAACAAGGAGAAGCGCAAGCCGUUCUUCAAGAAACAGGAGACGGCCAGUCCCUACGACGUGGUGCCCUCGAUGCGUCCCGUUGUCCUGGUGGGGCCCAGUUUGAAGGGCUACGAGGUGACCGACAUGAUGCAGAAGGCCCUCUUUGACUUCCUCAAGCACCGCUUCGAGGGCCGCAUCAUCAUCACCCGGGUGAUGGCCGACAUCUCGCUGGCCAAGCGCUCCAUCAUGAACAAUCCCUCGAAGCGGGCCAUCAUGGAGCGUUCCUCCAGCCGGAGCGACUGCCUCGGCAAGGUGCAGGAGGAGAUCGAGCGCAUCUUCGAGCUGGCCCGCUCGCUCCAGCUGGUCGUGCUCGAUUGUGAUACAAUCAAUCAUCCGUCACAACUAGCGAAAACUUCAUUAGCGCCAACAAUAGUGUACUUAAAGAUUAGUAGUAGUAAGGUUUUACAGCGUUUGAUCAAAUCACGUGGCAAGUCGCAGGCGAAAAACCUCUCCGUUCAAAUGGUUGCCGCCGAGAAGCUAGCCCAAUGUCCACCGGAUAUGUUCGAUGUAAUCCUAGACGAGAAUCAGCUGGAAGACGCCUGCGAGCACAUUGCCGAGUACUUGGAGACGUACUGGAAGGCCACCCACCCGGACAUUCGAGCCGUGCCGCCCAUCGCCCGCCCCCUGCCGCAGGAGGCCUCGCCCUCCGCAGAUCCCGCGCGUCUGGGACCGACGCCACCAGUAGAUGGCGAGGAGUUUGUCGAUGAGCAGGAUCCCAGGAUGGGCAUGUCCGGCGGAGAUCGCGAGGGAAGUAGGGAGCGAGACCGCGAUAGCAGGGAGAGGGAGAGGGAGCGCGAACGGGAGCGGGAUUACUGGGAUCGGGAGUUCAACAGAGAUCGCAGCUCCAAGGAUCGCGAAAGGGACCUCGAGUGGGAGCGGGAGCGGGCUCGCGAGUGGGAGAGAGAGCGGGAACGAGAUUGGGAUAGGGAGUUCGAUUGGGACCAAGGAGGAACCUCUUACCAGCACAGCCGCCGACAACCGACCUCGGUUCGCCACCAGGAGCGUGGCGGAGGAGUGGGCGCAGGCGGCGGUGGCGGUGGCGGUGGCUACGAGCGGGACCGCGAACGGGAGCGGUACGAGCGACGCGAGCGGGACCUCAUGCACUACGAUCUCAAUAGCGAUGAGCUGCUGGACGAGCGCAACUUUGAGUAUCCGGCAAUGAGGAGCGGCCCCAGCGGCGCCUCCCACCACGGCCAUCUGUCCAGGGGCGGACGCCUGCUGGAGGAUCCGGACUUUGAGCGCGAGGAGGCCCAGAUGCGGAUGAGCAGCUCACGCUACGGACCCUCGACCAGGAUCGACGAUCCACGGGAUUUGCCGCGUGGCGCCACCGUUGUCGAUCGCGAUGAAUACAGUCCGCACAGAGGUGGUGGGAGUAGUAGGAGAAUGCUUAAUGCCAUGUCCAGACCGUUGGGCCUGCCACGCCAGUCGUCCCUGCCCAGUAAUCGAGCACCCGUGUCCUACCUGCCACGCCAGUCCUCCCUGGGCACACACUGGCUAUCCUCCUCCUCGCAGAGCACGCUGGAUCAAGGACCCCAAUCUCGCCGAGAGCUUUAUCCACUGCUGCACCAGCCGCAGUCUUAUUCCCAGCCCCGAUCCCAAUACACCACCCACACCAGCCAGUCGCGUUCCCAGUCCCACUCGCAAUCCCACUCCCAAUCCCACACUCAGUAUCGCUACUCCGUGCAGGACACAUCGUUUGCCCACCCACCAAGAUCCCUGCGCGAGGAGUUCCUCAGUCCCACCAUGAGCAAGGUCGAAGCUGUCACCCACGCCAUUCGCAACAAGAUCAUCGUGGAGGAGGACGAAGAGGAUAUCCUGGGCACGGAUCGGUUCUAUUAAAGAGAUUUCAGUCGCCCCCCCGCGUCGAUUUUGGUUUGGGCAACCCCAUUGCGGGCGGGAAUGCAAGUGCAGCAGUGCCAAAACACACGACACAUUUGUAAAUGUUCCAUUCGAUGAUCAGAUCAAUUUGAAAGCCACACAGAUACAAAUGCAGAUACAGAUACAAAUACACACACAAACAAAGUAGCUGGUUAAAGUUAAAGUUAGCUGGUGAGCGUUAAAGUGGCGGUUAAA